UUCAGGUACAUCACGACUGUAUGCCACGGGCUGUAGGAGAUACGCUGCGUGUGUGACGCGCGUCUCAAUUAGCUGUUGUCUUAUGCAGUGCUGAAUGGCGAGAUAAACUCAGUCACUGUAGGAGUUUGUGGGUUCACCAUGCUGUUAGCAUGACCAGUGAAAACACCCAACACAGACAGGUACCAGUGUAAUAUCUUUAACCAUCAAGGCUGUUUGUAAUUGGUUGUGAAGAAACUCAGUCUGCAGGCUGUUUAACACGUACAUUAAUGCCAGUCAGUGAGGAAGGAUUUGAAUAGCAGCAGUGUGGCAGCCAGACUAAGCCCUCCUCCCGGUGAGCACACUAAUGACCAGCUGCUGUCAGAUCUCAUUCAGCCUAAUUAGGCUGACAGACAGACUGACCUACACAGCAGAUAGAAACAGUGUCAGGGUCGGGAAGUGCACACAGUGAGAACACCAGUCGACUGUUAGGAAACAGUGAAGUGAUCCUCACACCGCUCUCAGCCUGGCAGUAACUGAACUGUGGUCUACACGUCCUUGCAUGGCAGUAACAAGUGGAAUCCUUAUCUCCAUCUUACAGACACUGGUCUCAGAUUGGGAGUAAAUUAACUCUUGAAUAUAUAUAUGCAGAGCCAUGAUGACAUUGAAAAGUGCUUUCCUUACCAUCAUCAUAAACAUGUCAGCUACCUGACAAGGGACCUCAGUAAACAGACGUCCAGCUGAUAACGGACACUGUCUGUAUGUCUGUCUGUAGACUAUGUAUGUCUCACUGUAGACUGUCUGUGUAUGUCUGUAGAAACAGGUUUCUGAUAGCACCAUGUGUCUGUAAGCAGAUAGGUAACUGUAAUGGGGAUACAGAUUCUGUUUUGUGUUCUGAAAGAAAAGGCACCAUGAACAUCGAGUUCUUAGAAUGACAAAGAAUAUUUGUGCCAAGUUAAGAUUUGUUUUAUUCUUUAACGUAUCAGUUUAUAUGUGCCAACAGACUGAGGAAUAGUGUUCUGUGAUUAAUAUGGGUUAGGUGGAAUUUUGUCGAACAACUCAACUUAAUACUUCUGUUUACAAAGAAAGUGGAUGUGAUAAAACAUUACAUGGAAUAUCACAACCCAUUUCAUAUAAAUAUUACACAAUACUGUGAUAGACAUAAACUAUAUCCUUUUCACUUUACUAGAAGUAAAACUGAUUGGGAGUUAAAAUGAAGAAUCUCCACACCAACUUCACCCUUCUCCUUGUGACGAGUGUCGGCUUCCUGUCUGCUCUCACCCUGAGCCCACGUAACAAGAUAGGGACAAGUGAGGGAAGAGAGAAGGAUGAUAAAGACGUUGUCGUACUGCACCAUGCAGUGAGAGGAUUUCCCGACAAUGAGUCAUCACUUGUUUACGAACUUGCUCAUCAGCAAACAUUGAGCGAUAGCCAACACAGCCAAGUGGGAGAAAUUCACUCCAAAAAUAGACACAAGCCAAGAAAAGUAAAACAAAUUACCUACAGGUUUGUGGCGAGGCAGAAAUUUACAGCAGGUGGGAACCAAAAGCAAAACCAAAACGAGGAGAAAGUUUUACUACAGGACCCGGUGGUGAGGAACGAAAAGAGUGUGGAAUCUUUGUCAUAUGGAGAAAAUGUGAUUGCAAAGUCAGAGGCGUUGCAACAGGUUAACAGUGGUCUGGAUUCUAGUGUUCCUAAAAUGGUUGUUACUAUAGCCACAACAGUAGCGGCUCUGUUUGGCAUGUGUGUUAUGGCGGCAAUAUUUCAGUGCUGUUGUCGGAAGAAACGGCGUGAGGGAGAUACCGAUGACGCGAAGAGUGACAAGAGUUCCGAGACGCGCAGGUCAAAAUCCCCGUCGCCCGUCAAGCAGAAACUCGUUGAUUCAGAUGGACUCGUAGAUGAUAAAUCUGAAGGAGACCAGUUAUUGGUGGACGAUGAACUUGGAGAUUUUUCCAUGGUUCAACGAGAAACAGAAAUUCUCAAAUCAUACCGAAAACCACCACCACCCAAGAACCGAGCCCGAGCAUCUCGACCUCCGAAGAUAAAAUGUAUCAGUUCCGAAGAAAACUCAUCAGUGUCUGCGGUUAUCGACGAGGAACCGUCGGGUAGUACCAGUUCCCGACAAGGAUCUCAGCGAACCAGUCCAGAGAAGAAAACUGAAAAUGACGAGAAUGAGACAACAAACAAACAGAGUGAUUCUACGGACGAAGAAAACAAGGUGUCGUUUAGCACCGCACAAACACUUCUUGAGAGUGUCCUGUCCGAGGCCAAAGGGCAGGUAACUGACAAUGCAGUUGAAAGUAAGACAGUGAGUGGGCAGACAACUCCGUCCUCGUCGAGGAAGCCGUCUGCGGAGGACAGGAACACAAACACUGAACAAAGUGGUGCUAGUUCUAUGUUGUGUGACUCUCAUACAAAUGGAGGAAACAUUUUCUUACAAAUUGACCCUACUGUGAAAAGAAAGGAAAAUAUGGGAAGUAAAAACACCAGUAAAAUUCCUGUCAAACAAUCCGUUUCAGCCCCAACAGAGGGAGCCAAACGAAGACCCCCCAGUGACCACAAAGAGCAGAGAAAAUUCAUAGUGCCGUCAGUACACGGAGAUCAGAUGGACCAGCUAGUACAAUCACUGAAAUCCAAGAUGAAAGAAGACACAUCACAAAGUGCCAGAAACCUGUCUGUUAACAAAGUAUCCCCCACUAGGGACGAUGAAGACUUGAAGCCUGUGGGUAGAGACAGAUGUUACUCGGAUCCCACCAAACAGAAUGCACUUAACCCAACACAUGUGUGAAUCACUUGAUCAUUUAUCCAAGACGAGCAGGACAUGGUUACUUAAACCAACACACAUGUUAACUAACUGAUAACCUGACAGCACAAGCAACCCUCGAAAUAAGUGUUUGACAGCACAAGCAACCCUUGAAAUAAGUGUAACUGUUUGGUAGGUUACAUGAUAUUUCUCAGUCGUAUCCGAUUCGGUUACAACUCUCGUUUCAAAAAUUGAAUUAGAAGCCAAAAUAAGUUACCAAUCGGAAUAGUAAAUGUCGGAUGAAUUGAUCAGUAAAUUUUAGUGCGGAUGUUUAUUACUACACAUAUAAUUCCAGCGAGAUGUUACUGCAAUUAAAAUGGAGACAGCAAGAAUUUUGAACACUGUAACAAACUACGAUAAUUGUAAUUAGAAACAUGUUACUGCAUUUGGGUAUUAUUUGUUAGGAUAAGCACAGUUGCCUGAGAAAAUUGUAAAAACCAUGGAUUGCGAACAAAAACGAUUUCAAAUGAAUUAUCUGUUAUGGGAAAACACCAAGACGUAACCAAUACGAGACUUGACCUGCUGUUCGCAACUUAUUUCGAGGACAGCACAAGCAGAACACCUGUCUCUAAUACACUAACUUCCAUAAACAGACACAUAUUAACUGACAAUUAAUUUUAUGCCAUUGUUUUGUUUAUCAUGGGUUUUUGGUAUAAUAUGUACAUGACAACAAAAUGUUCUUCUUAAGUUGAUCAUCAACAACUGCUGAGAGCUAAUGACAUGUUUUAGAGAGUUUUUAUUUAUGACUAUCAGCUGUAUUUAAUCAGUAAUAAUUGUCAAAAAACAAUAAACAAACAAAGUGUAUAUAAGCAGACAGAAAAUACCUCAUCAAAUAUCAGUUGUUAUCGCAUGUAUUCAUAUAAUCACCGUGUGGUAUUGCUUGUGAAUAAGAAGGUGUGAUUACAAGAUAUUAAUUUAUGUAUGUCAGUCGUGGGGCUUAUUGGAUAUUUGAUGUUGUUAUUUGUUUUCAGAGUUCUAUUAAUUUGUAUAUUUGUGAUAUAUUGUUGAACAAUUUGUUAUUCUACAAAUACUUUAAUUUUUUUAAAAGCAUACUAGGUUACAUUUCAUAUUAGGCAUUUAUUUGUUUUUAUUUUGUCAUUUGUAAUAGGUAUAAUUCUUUUUUUGAAACAAGAUAUCAAGGUCAGAUAUAAAAGAAAAUGACCCAUCUCAUAUAAGUGUACAUUUCUUUAGCAGUCACAACACACAUUUUUGACAAGAUAAUUAAUAUGUAAAUAUGCAAAUUUCAGACAACGUAUAUUUAAUAUGUAAACAAGGUUGUGUGACAAGACUCUGCCUUGAAGAUGAAGUCAGCUAUGCAAUUAGAAAAUGAGGAAUUAUUUUUCUAUGAUGUCACGUACUGUUGUGUGUAUUUUUAAAUAUUGUACACAGAGAGGCCUGCAUCUUACCAUACAUUUGAAUCUCUCUCUUUCCAAACAUUCACGUUUCUCAGUGAUAGUGGAAUGUCACACAUUCAUUUCUAUUGAUGUUAGUGACAACGUAAGCACAAUUUGACAAUGUCAAUUUAUACUGUUCACUUCAAAAUUAAUCAACUGUGAAAGCAACAAUUACUAAUGUACCUAACAAUCUAAUUAACAUUUUUCUUUAUUAAAUCAUGUCACAGGAAAGAAAACAACUGAAAUAGUGCUGAACUGGUACAUUUCCUGUCUCAGUAUCAUAUUUAUUAAAAGCAUAAAAUCACUGGGCCGAAUUCACGAAACCUGUUUUUCUUAAAUGAAGAUGUUUAAGGAUAGUACAUGUAUGUGGUUACAUUUAUGUAAGACAAAAGCAGGCUUUGUAAGUUUGGCCUGUUGUUUUCUUUCUUCAAAACAUCCACUUCUCUGUGCAUGUACAUCAAUAAGUUAACUGAAUUGACCAAACUAAGCUAAAUAAGAUAUAAAAAGUAAUUGUAAUUUUCUAAGAACAUACUUUGCUUACCAAUAGAAUACUGUAACCCAGUCUCCCUUCCAAACAUUAUUAACAUGUUUAUUUUCACUCAUACUUUUCGAUUGUUUUGAUUUAAUUAUUCUGCUGUUCUGUUACUUACAACUACAAGUGUAGUGUAUGUUCUCCCCCUAACAAAACGUUGUACAACUAACACGCUAAUUUUUUUUAUUAAAUGCCCAUUUUCCUCAUCUAAAAAGAUUUAACUUUGCUAAAGCAGCCUAACUAUCUCAAACUAUAAAUGUGAAUUAGACUACCAUAGGGUACACACAACCAAAUAAAUUCCCAGACAACAACUUGUGACUAAAACUGCAACAUGCAACAUUUCAACCAUGGAUUAAGGACUAUAAGUUACAGUCUUAACCCUAUUCAUAUGCUACAUUUAUAGUCAACAGAUUUGCUAUAGAAUACUAGUAUCUGAUUAAAAUGCUAUCUGCUUAAAGAUGUCAAACAUGAAUGUAAAAAUGCUUACAGCACGUGUUUAACUCUGAUGUUCUACUUCAUUUAACUGUAUAUAUUGUUAUCUAGAACAUAAUACACAACAAUGAUAUGCUCGUGCCUUGUUUAAAUAAAUCAAUAAAAUUCA